AUGCACCCUUGCCACGCCCACAGAUCUGCCUUUACCACGCCCACGAUGCACCCUUGCCACGCCCACAGAUCUGCCUUUACCACGCCCACGAUGCACCCCUUGCCACGCCCACAGAUCUGCCUUUACCACGCCCACGAUGCACCCCUUGCCACGCCCACAGAUCUGCCUUUACCACGCCCACGAUGCACCCCUUGCCCCGCCCACAGAUCUGCCUUUACCACGCCCACGAUGCACCCCUUGCCACGCCCACAGAUCUGCCUUUACCACGCCCACGAUGUACCCCUUGCUCCGCCCACAGAUCUGCCUUUACCACGCCCACGAUGCACCCCUUGCCACGCCCACAGAUCUGCCUUUACCACGCCCACGAUGUACCCCUUGCCCCGCCCACAGAUCUGCCUUUACCACGCCCACGAUGCACCCCUUGCCACGCCCACAGAUCUGCCUUUACCACGCCCACGAUGCACCCCUUGCCACGCCCACAGAUCUGCCUUUACCACGCCCACGAUGCACCCCUUGCCACGCCCACAGAUCUGCCUUUACCACGCCCACGAUGCACCCCUUGCCACGCCCACAGAUCUGCCUUUACCACGCCCACGAUGUACCCCUUGCCCCGCCCACAGAUCUGCCUUUACCACGCCCACGAUGUACCCCUUGCCCCGCCCACAGAUCUGCCUUUACCACGCCCACGAUGCACCCCUUGCCACGCCCACAGAUCUGCCUUUACCACGCCCACGAUGCACCCCUUGCCACGCCCACAGAUCUCCUGGGGUCCCGCUGCAACCCUCACAAGGCCCGGAAUCAGUCGCGCAGGACGACUGUAGGAAGCAUGUAUAUGAAGCAGAGGCAUCACAUAGAACGCUGUUAGGAAUGUGCAAUGUUGCGUGCUAUCUCAAGGGCCAUUGCUGCAAGAGUAGUUUUCAUCAAUAA